UUUUCAUAAAAAUAUUAAAUUAAUAACUGUCAAGAAUUUGAACUGAAAAAUUUCGUGGCUAGCAUAGUUUACAUCAUCCUCCGUGACACAGACACGCAAAUGCGACAACUUCCGGUUUGAUGGCAAGUCGCAACACCGUUUACGUAAAGGAUGUAGACGUUGUCAUUUGACAUCUGACCAGAUGAAUGGCGUAAUUGAUUUCGCGACUUUGUCUACCGAGCACAAAGGGAAACCAGAUGCAUCUCAACGUACAAAUGUCGAGUUCAAACCGGCCAAAAAGAUGAAAAAACGUCGCCAACUGGACGCUUUGGUUGGCAACGGCAAGCUUCCUCGCAGAAAACACAGCGGGCAUGAACUGUUACGAUCAAACGACUCGGACUCGUCCGAAGUGGAAGAGUUCAGGGUUUUGGAGGGACACAGAUUGGGGAAAAGAUGGUCAGGGACUUCAUGCUGUAACACAUGUUCUGUACUGAUGUUCUUUAUCAUCUUGGCUACUUGCUUAGUAGCUUCUGCCAGUCUCAUCUGGAUGCAUCUGGAGCUAAAGCGCGACUUCAGCAGCCUGCAAGAAAGGCUUGCAUUAGUAGAAAACAAAAAUGCGGGCACUCCAGAUGAGCUGCAGCUUUUUCACUCCAAGCUUCUGGCAUUCAAUAAAUCUGUGCAGGACUUGUCAACUGGGAAGUAUGGGCUAAUUGCACUAAACAAGAGCAUUGAGGAUAUGAAGAAACAGAUUGAGUCUUUAACAGCGUCAAAUACACAGUUGAAAAAUCAAGCUUCUGAUCAUGAUGGACUUGCUGCAGAAAGUCACUCCAUUGAAGCAUCUGGGCUGGAAAAAACUGUAGCAGAUAUUGGAAGUGAGGUAUCAAGAAUGAAGACUGAUAUGGAGCAGCUAAAAUCUGCAAAAGACGCAACCUCUAAACAGAUUGAUGACCUAAAUAAGAGGCUUUUGAAAGCUGAGAAUGUUAUUGGAAAAGAGGGGGUCUUAACAACCAUGUCAGAUGUCACUCAGAACCUGAUAUCCCAGCUAAAUACUACAUUGAUGCAGAAUUUUGAACAAGUAAUGGCUAGGUACAGUUCACUUGAGGCGCAUGUGGAUGUCAUAGAUAAAGUUGCAACAAAUUUGCAAGAGCAGCUGAAGAACCUAACUGCAGCAGUACAAAAUAUCAGUCAGUCAUUGCAUUCCAUUACCCCCAGCAAUCAACAACAGUCACAAGAAGGCAGUUCACAGGAAGGUGGAGAGAAUUCACAGCUGGCUGCUCGAGUGAUGAAUGUAGAAAAACAUCUGGUGUCCUUAGAUGAGGUUAUUUCUCAGUUUAAAAAUGGAACUGCCGUCAACAGUAACAAUGUUGAGGGAAUGCAAAAUGAGAGCAGUAUUCUUUCUGAACUGAAACGUGAUCACCAGGACUUUCUUGUCUUCAGGACUGAAGCUUUCCAAGACAUUGAUACCUUGAAUGCAUCAUUGACAGCUCUCAACAUAUCCGUGAAAAUUCUUAACCUAGAACUUAAUGACCUCACAUCUCGCUUGGAGAAUAGCAUGCAGCAGAUGACUAACGUGUCAUCAUCAAUGGAGCAAGUAGUGACAUUCCUGGAGAAGAGUAGAGGUGAGCAUGAUGAUAAGAGCAAGACAGAUGCGAAUGAUCCAUCUGGAAGAAUGAAAAAUAUAUUAGAAGAUGAUAAAAGGAAAUUCGAAGAGAACCCCUCUCAGGCAGGGUCAGAACUAACCACACCUCCAUCUGAUGAUAAGAAUAAACAAACCAAGGAAGAAUCAGAACAGCAAUAAAGGCUGAACAUCAAAACUUGAGGGAUAGAUGAGCAGAUGAAUGGUACUUGAGACAAGAGGGCAGGAUUUAUAUUGGAAUCCUACCAGAAGAGGAUCUGAAUAUGACUUAAUAGGACACCAGAAAAAUGUUGCAUGUUGUUUGUCAAGUUUUAGGUGACGUAUCCGAAAAAAGAAAUCUGCAACAGGCAUGUAAGAAAAUUUAACAUUACUUGCAAUCUAUUCUGAUGAUUUCUAUUAAGCAGCACAUUUUGGGGAAACAUUUAUAUUGCAAAAUAAGUAUCUUAUAUACCACUACACAAAGUAAUAGUGGUUUUCUCUUUCUCAAGUGUUCUUCUAACUGUAUUUUAAAUAUUUGGACUGUUAAAAAAACUAGAAGUUAAAAGCAUUUGGUUGAAGUGGAUGUUAAUAAAGGAUUAUAUAUUUAAGAUUAGAGAGAACAGAAGUGUGUGACAUUUCAAAGUAGGUAGCCAUGUACCAUCUAUAAGCAUUUUAAUAUCAAAGUUAAAAUUUCAAUCAGUUUUAUUCUGUGGCUGUGUAUGACUGUUUUUUCGUAGAAUGUGUGUGCAUUCACGGAGUGGCAGAGAGCUGAUGAUGAGUGUUUUUUGUUGGUGCCAUGGACCGUAUAUCUCUGGACUGCCUACAAAGUUUCAACAUUAACUUAUAGAACAAGGCCAAAUUUCCACGUAUACUUCUGGUUUAACUAUCAGCAUCAGGGCUUCUGCUAAGGCUAAAUUCUUUGGGGUCCCAGGGACCCCUUCUUCAGAUUUUUAAGGGGUCCCUGUUCUUCACCCAAAUUUGAAGGGGACCCCAUUGACGAAAAUUGAAGGGGUCCUCCGAACUUUUAAUGCGUACUGUACGCAAUGUUUUGUGUAAGCAAAAGCCCUGAGCAUGAAGAAGAAGAGCAGUUGAAGUGAUCUCUCAUGUUGACUAAAUUCAAGGCACAAAAGCACAAGUUUUAUGUUUGUUUUCAAUGUAUUGGCUUUAAGUGAUGAGAAGUUGACAACUUUUACCCCCAAAAAAGAAAGUAAAAGUAACUAAGUAACGAACUAUUAUGCAAGUAUACUGUUGACUUUAAAAAUUUUGUGGUUCUGGAUAGUAAACUGGUAGAUGAUUCACACAGACCUGGCAGCCUACAGCUUCGUGAAAGGCAGACUGCCAGCAGUCCAGAGAUUUAUGUAUAUGGUUGGUAUGGAAUUGUUGAAAAGGCCAGUGUGGAUGGGAGGGAGAGAACUGCUUUCAUUGACUUUUGUGUAGCUGUGGGGAGAGUGCUUACAGAAAGUGGAAAAGUCAUUGUGCUGCCAAAACACUGAAAUUACAGGCUAUGUAGCUGCCUCUUUGUGGUUCCAGGCUAAACUGAUUAUUAAAAGUUGUUCGUUAAGCUGUGUACUGUUCACAAUUCACAAGUACAUUUUCUUCUGGUAAGUUGCUGAAACUAAUUGUUUUGAUUAUUGAAAAUUUAUAUUCAUGGAUAUUUCACACUACAUUAAAUUGUAUGAAUCGAUUGUUUUAGACUAUAGAUCUUUUAAUUAAUAUUUCAUUCAUUGUCGCUUGAAUGGUACCAGUUGAUGAACAGCUAUGUUGGUUUGCUGAUACUGGUUAGUUAAUUGGAGUUUUGUGUUCUGUCAGUGCUGAGACUUGUUGUCGGGUUGAACAAAUGAAUGGCAGCAGCAGUUGGCAAGAUAUUCCAGUUUGGCCUGUCUUGUGGGUAGGUCCUGCAUGGAACAACCAGUCCAUUCUUUUAUGUCUGCCAACCAGUUACUACUCUGUCCACCUCAGCAUUGACACCGCACCCCUAUCCACCUCUCGAAGGUAACCUGAAGGAUGAUUAUAGACAGACAGAGCGUCAUGCCGGAUCACAUGGCUGAACUAGACCAGCUUGCACCUCUUGACUACUGUUUCUGGUGUCCUAGAGGUGUGGCAGCCGUGCUCUGUACAGAGUCCUUGGUUUUAUUUUCCCUUUGUGAGAUCUGGAGCAGCUUCCUCAGGUGCUUGUUCUCAAAUGCCUGCACUUUGUAUCAGCAAGCAGAGUCCACAUUUCACAUCAGGAUUAAAAUCAUGAGUUGUACAGAUGUCUGCAAUCUUUGGAAAUGGUGACACUCAAAUACUUUGCGGUUCACCUUCUCAAACUGUAUUCCAUUCCAGUAGAUCCUUGCCAUUGCUGUGGACCAUGACUUUUGUUCUUGUUAGUGCUGAUCUUCAUUCCACGUGUGUUCAAACUGUCAGUCUACUGAUAAGAUCUUGCAGUUUGCUGCUGGUACCUGCAUUAGCUCAAUGUAAUCUGCAAAGCAUAGGUUGCAUGUGGGCCUCCCACCGAUGAAAUGGGUGAUAUGAUGGUUGUGAAAAGUUUCUCAUUUGAUGUUUCCCACCCUCAACCUCCCUAAACAGAAAAGUAAACAAUACUAGUGAUGGGAACAUCUAUUGUGUGAUGAAAGCUCCCAUUUGGUUUUUCAGUAGCACUAUGCUCAUUUAGCUCUUGUACAACAGUGAUGACUUGAACGAGUCAGUCCCCAUUGUUGAAUUUUCACAUCAAGCGCCACAGCCUUUUCUAAAUUUGAGCAAGCUGUGGAAGAGAACUUGCUGGUGCUGUAGAUUUUUUUUUUUUUGACAGGAUGUGACAUUUUAAAAUCUGUUCAACGGAGCUCCUGCCUUGUGUGAAGCCAGCCCAUUCUGCUGGCAGAUCCUCAGUGGUAGUGUGGAUGCAGUUAUGAAUUAUUUUCAGCAUCACUUUGUAAAGCAUACAUUUAAAAGGAAAUUCCUAGCAUCUUGAUUAUUUUAUGUGUGAUAAGCAGUGCACAAGAUGAAAUGAAGAAAGAAAGAACAUCUGUCAGUAGAUUUGAAAUAAAUUCCUUCAAGGUCUUCCAUUUUCAUUGUCCUUAUCUGGGAAGUUUUUGAUUCUGGCUUUGCAAACAGUUAUGGUCUUGUGGCAUACACUUUUCUUUGACUGUUUUAUAAAGUAAUAAUUAUGUUGGUGUUACACAUAACAGGAAAUAAGUUUUAUAUUGCAUUUGCCAAUGUGUAUUAAACUUGAUCUAUACUUUGUAAAAUAGGUAUUGUUAACAUGCAAAAGAGGUCGUGCUUGUUCAAAAGGUGCACAGCUAAGAAUCAAUUUUUGGUUGAAAAAUUAACUGGUGUUAAACAUAAUCUUUUAUAAGUUGAGAGAGAAAGUGAAUGUGUAUGCAUAAAUAUUCCACUGUUUAACUUUGCGAAAGGCUCAUGGAAACAUAUCUUUUGUUCAAAAUUAUUGCAUAUAAUCCUGAUUUAAAAUAAGCCAUUAAAAUUCUUCUGCACUGGACUUUGAGAUGGCAGAUGCUGUUUUACCGUCCAUCAAACGCACAUAAUGAGUGUUGUAAAUAAUGUGAGCCUGUGUUGUAGAUUUUUUUCUCCUUGUGCCAGCCUAAUCCAUAUCAAGUUGUAGAAGUGAUUUCUAAGAAGAAUUUUUGACAAGAUCAUGCUAAAACCAUUCUAGUUCUGGAAGCAUUAACAUAUUAUAUGGAUAUCACUGCUGUCAGGUUAAUGAAUAGCGAUGUUGACUUUUUUUUUCUAACUGACAUUUUGUCAUUAACUUCGGUCAGUUUACUAGAAGAAAAAAAAUUCAAAGGGUUACUCUGAAAGAUAUAGAUGAUUGUUAAUUGCAUUGAAUAUCUGUAGUAAAAUCAUGACAGUAGUUUAAAGUGUGUAUUCUAUUUCCAUUUUCAAUUUCUUAACUUUAUUCUUUUAAUGUUUUCAAAUUGUACAUAUCACUUCAUGUUUUUUUUCUUGUACAGGUAAAUUCCUAUAAAUAAAAUGACAAUGCCGUAAUAGUAAUGUACUGAUCUCUUUCAAAUGAAAACAGAUUCAUGGUUUCAUGGCUACUAACAUCCCAACAUUCCAGAGCAACUUCAAAGCUACAGUAGGUGCAUUAAAUGCAAGUGUUUAGACAAAAUGUUGGGAACACUGUCAGGUGUGUUCUCUGUAAAUCCAAAAUGGAUAUACUGGUGAGACUGCACUAAUAUGUUGAUGUCCUGCUGUUCAGAGGACACUGAAUAUUGCCAGUCUUCCUCACUUAAUGUAACUGUGAUAGACAUUCUGCACAAUUCCACUGAGCUCGCUCCUUUAAGUCUUAAGAACUGUUUCACUCUUUGCCUGUAUGUCUCUAGUCAACUGAGUGAUCGUAACUGAUGUUUAAAAAAAAAAAAACCAUAGCAGCUUGAUUAGUAAAGUUUUGAAGCAUUACAAUAUACAGUUGCCUGGACUUGCAAACAUUUUUUUAAAUGUAGAACUUUUUCCCCCCUAAAGUGAGUGUGUGUGAAUUGUACAGUAAUAUAUACAUCAGUGAUGUACAGCUUAUGUCAGAGUCUUAAAGAACAAGAUGGCUGCAAAGUAAUGUGCAGCCGUUAAGUUUACUGGAAAGAUAGAUGUAUAUACCUUAUAUGAGCUUUCAAUUAUUUUUCAUUCUUUACAUGACAUAUGCAAAUGAGGGAAAUGAUACUAUCAUGACUCCAGCAUUAAUCUAAUCCUGAAUAACACAUUAUACAGAUAGUCACAAGAGUAAAUGCGUAUCAGGUUGCCCAAGCCUUUUGCUUAUUUCAAACUUUCAUGUCUGUAUAUCAUAUACUUAAAUUGAUAGCUACAGCUGUCUUUUCACCUUGUUAAUGUUAUGCUUGUUUUAAGAGGCUGCCUAGGAAUUUAUUAUGGGUAGCUAGCAUGACUGUGGUGUUCCGUACUUCGCUUGCUGUAAAGUGUGAGCUGAGGGUUUGUUUUUUUGUUUGAUUUUAUUUUUUAACCCUCAACUUGUGCAUUUUUGAUGGACUGCUUGAUAUCAGCCACUUGGGAUUUUAGAAGUUUAAAUACUUGUCAUAUUGUCUCAUGUAUGUCUUAGUCCCAGGAAUAGAUCGGUUUUGAGGUGCAGUCCAAAUACUGUCUUUGUAACAUUAUUGGAUUUGACAUCUGUACUGAAGUCAGAUUGAAGACUGUGGCAAAUUUGUUAAAGCUUUGCUUUGCUGAAAAUUGAAUCAGUAAUCAUGUAUAGAGAUAUGCUACAUUGUACUUAAAGAUGACAGAAGAGGGGGAGAGAGAGAGGAAAAUAUGGUGGCACACUGCAACCUCUUGAUUAAAGGUUUGCUCUUCCUUUAUCAAUGGCUUUGAAGUUUACUUUUCUGUGAUUUUUAUUUCAGGUUAAAUUGACAAACUGCACUGAUUUCCCACCAUCUACCAUUGAUUUUAGAACAAAUCUGUGUAGAUAUAACUGUAAAAUAGCAUAUGUCCUUAGAUUUUUGAUGUGCCAUGAUGAUGAGAGUGUUAAGUGUGACACCAACUACUACAAACAUCCAUCACCAUACUUGUGUUUAUUGUUUCUAUGUUUCUGUAUAUUUCAUUAAGAUGUGAGAAGUCUCAGAGAUCCUUGAUGUAUCUAAUUACAACUGUGGUUUAAUUUUCUUUAUUAUGUGAAUAUAUUGUACCUUUUGGAAUUAGGUACACAUUGUACAUAACCAUUAUGCAGCAGAGCUUGUUAGAGAACAAUCUGACAGUACUGUCACUGUGUAUUAACUUAUUAGGUAGUGUUUAGCGGGAAUGUAAAGAUCUAUUCCAGAGAAAUAGGGCAGCUGACACGAUGUGUUUGUAAUGAAUGGCAAUCUAGUGAUAACAUCUUAGUAACAUGGUCUGUCCACCUAGCAACUUGGUAUAGGUGAGGUUUAGGAUUACGAACAGCAUUGGAGAACAUUCUGUAGCAAAAAAAGCCCUCCCCCCCCCUCUCCACAACAAACAAAAAAAAAAAAACGGCCAAACUAACCAAAACGGACCGAACCUCCUUCCCUCAAAAUAAAAACCCACCUAAUUAUUUUUUUUUUUUAAAGUUCAUCAAAAAUUGGGAGAACAGAUCUUCAGUUUAAUUUUGUUUUCCAAUUUUUAUGUUAAAUGAAUUAGGUUCAAGAGAGCAUCACACAAGUUGAUUAAGUUUUGAGCGCUUUCCUGUAAAAAAAAAAUUAAAUAAUGAAAGUCUAUUGGUUUGUGAUUUGAGAGGACUGCAUUUCUUUUACCCAACCUGCUAUCCCCAGCAUGACUUGCCUGCCAAACUAUAAUAGUGCUGCUGUAUCUACUGCAUAUCCGUAGCUGUUGAUUCGUUUGCUUUCAUUUUCCUGUUGGCCUGACAAAAUCUAUUCAAUUAUUAUGUUUAUUAUUACUGUGGUGGUAAUCUGUCUCCAUUUUGAAGGACCUUAGAGAGGAAAAAAAAAACCUUUGAUACUCUUAAAGUAUAAGGUAUAGGGCAUGGCUGGCCUCCCAUGUGAUAUGUAUAUGUUCAAAGAGCUAUUUUGUAGAUUUUUUUUCUAGACACAUCAUGCAGAACGAAUGCAUUAAAAACGCCUUUGUACUUUACAGAUACAUAUCAAAGCUCACAUCAUUACAACAUUUAUGCCAUAUCCACCAUUUAAACUAAAUAUAUCGGUACUCGUGACAAGAUUUAUUUGAUGGGUCACAUUAAUAAGAUAGAAGUGUGAAGUCUUCAAGCAGAUGGAUACUUUGUUUUAAAAAAGUUCAGUUUAUUAAGCAUCAUGAGGCCUCCAGUAAAUGACCAGCAGCAUGCCGAGCUUUCAGUGAGAACUCUUUGUAAAGCGAUAAUGGCAGUCUGGGUAGACAUAUGUUGGGCAACAUCUAUAGUAGUACUUAGAAAUUGUAUAGUGUGUGUGCACGCACGCACACACGUUGCUUGCAUGUUGCUGUAAUCUGAGAAAAUUGCAUUCUUCAUCCUUAGUUUGUGUUGAGGAUGAAAUGGAUAUUAAAAAAAUUUGGAAGAUUGA